GCGGCGGCGGCGGCGGCGGCGGAGGGGCUACCUCCCACCGGGCCGCUCACACUCACACGCGGGCACACGCGCGCCUGCGCGCCCCGGGAACAAUGCCCCCGGUGUCCGGGCCGGGGGUUCUGCGAGGCCGGGGUCCUGGCUCCGUUCGACCAGGCCUGGGAUCCGCCGGCAGCGGCAGGGACCCCGUCAAGGACAGGUGUGGACCCUAGUGGGAAGUACAGCCCAGGAUGCGCCAAGCUGACCCUCUGACCUCUGGGCUCCCAAAGAUGUCCACGUGCAAUGAGUUUGUGGAGCACGCCUGGAAGCCGGGCUCCUGCAAGAAUUGCUUCUGCUCGCAGAGUGACCACCAGCUGCAGCAGUCAUCCUCCACAGUCCAGCCAGGGGCCUCCAGCCUGGCCCUCAGGCCCCGGAGGGGCCCCCCAGAGGAGGAGGGCUGCAGCUCCACCCCCUGCACCAAGCCCACCAUUGCAGUGAAGCCCACCAUGAUCACAGAGAGCUCGGAUGCCUGGGCUGGGACAGAUGCAGGCUCCGAGGCCUCACAGGUGCUCUGGAGGCCCACGCCCAGCAAGCUCUCCAUCCCAGAGGCCGGAGACAGCCCAAGAACUUUCUCCAGCAGCAGCCUCGGCCCUCCCAGCCUUACCACCGGCUCCCAGCUGGCACUGCCCAGCCUGGCAAGGCCAGGGAACAAGGACAGAGGAGGCCUCGAGGACAGUGCCACCCCUCCCUGUCAGGAAUCUCCACCCCCGGCCCACCAGAACUUCCACCAGAAACUGGCCGCUUUCUUAGAGAGGGCUGGGGGCAGCACCACAGCCCGGAGUGGGGUCCUGCCCGCUGCUUCCACGGGCAAGGAGCUGCAGAGCUCAGCUGGCAGUGACCUCAGGGGAGAGCACUGCUCCGUUGCCGAUUGGUGUCUUCCUGGUACACUGGGCCCCAGAUGUGGGUACAGGCAGGCAGGGGCUGCACCUCCAAGUGUACAGGAGACUACCUCGCCCCGUGAGGAGGGCUGGGCUUCAAGCAGGGAGCGCUGCUGCCAGGACCCUCCAGAGAACAGCUGCCCCUUCACCUUGGCCCAGAAGAAGCUGCCCCAGGCCCUGGAGGCAGCUGACCUGGCUGAUGGCUCGUCCAGCCCUCCCGCCAGACACACAGACGAUGACUACUGCUCCCUCUCAAGACAGCCUGAGCUGAGGAGACCCCAGGGCUCAGGCCCAUACAGGGGCAGCCCCAGCAAAUCCCCAGGGUCGCCAACCCAGCCUCCUGAAAGCAGCCCAUCAGAACCCAUCUAUGCUGAAGUCACCAAGAGGAAGAAACCGUGCCCAGCAUCCUUCGACCUGCCAGGCACUGGCAAGCAGGCUGGGCACAACCCAGGACACGACCCAGCAGGGGGCAGCUGGGGCCAAGGCGGGUCCAGGCCCGCUGAUGUGGCCCCCCAGGUGGCGGCCAAGGUGACCAUCGUGGCUGCCCACAUGGAGGAUGACCAACGUACCAUCUACCUGCGCAGCCCUGACUCGGCCGUGGGCGUGCAGUGGCCUUGCGGGCACAGCGGGCCAGGCCCGGAGGGUGCCGCCAUUGGGAUAUUAGAGACCAGUCCUCGGGAACAGCCACUUCACAGCCGCCUGCCUGGCCUGAGGGGUGAGGACCCGGGAAGAAGAGGCCCGGCCGUCCCCCCCAAGGUCUGCAAGGGGUCCCCAGACGUCUCUCUCCUGGCCCAGCUCAAGGAUGGGUCCUGGAGCCAGCCAGCUGCCCCAGGUCCCACAGACACCUUGUCCUCCUCCUCUUCCUCCUCCUCCUGCUCCUCCAGCCGGUGCCUGAUGCCAGCUCAGCCUUCCUCCUGGGACCAGAGAAGGCCUCGCUUCCAGGUGGGGGCCAGGAACUAUCAGGGGAGGAUAGAGGAAGAAGAGGGGGAGGGGGAGCUGAAUUCAGGGCCUUCCAGCCCAGGCAUGGCUCAGGACAUGGAGCCACCCAGCUGCGGCCAGCGCCCCCGGGCAGAGAGCGUCUCUGAGCAGCCCGGCAGAGCCGAGGGAGCAGCUGGGCCUGGCUUGAGCAAGUCAGCCUCCUUUGCCUUCGAAUUCCCCAAGGACAGCAGUGAAACAGAGAAGUUCUCCCCUCCUCCCCCUCCUCCAAAGUCAAGGCACCUUCUAAGAAUGAACAAGAGCAGCCCUGACCUGGAACAGGCCAGCCAUGGCUCAGCAGGAAGCCUCGGCCCCCCAGUCUUCAGCCGCAUCCAUGCUCAUUUCACCGCCGGCUCCACGGACAGCCUGACCUCUGACUCCCAGACCUGCAGUGAGGGAGGGCUUUCCUGUGAGCCGGCCCCUUGCCCCUCUCCUGGGCACCCUUCGGAGAAUGGCUCUCCACACGGGCCCCUGCAGCCCCCUCCGCUGCCCCAGAAGAAGACGGUCAGCCGAGCAGCUUCCUCUCCCGAUGGCCUCUUUCUGGGGCAGGGCUCUCCCGGCCGCCGGACUGCAAGCCCCCGGCUGAACCCCAGCCACUCUGAAACUAGCCUCUGCUCCCCUGAGGACUCUCGCUUUCCUGGGCCCGGGCUGGGGGCCCGCAUAAGGAACCCGGAGGCCCCGCUGCAAGGGUCCCCCUCCUCUUCCCAGCUGAGCGUGUCCAGCCAGACCUCCGCCUCCAGCACCAACCUCCUCAACAGCAUCACCAGCAAGGAGGCCACGUACACCAGGCUCAGCGGCCUGUAUGCCCAGUCCCUGGUGCGCCUGGCGGCCAGGUGCGAGCGCCACUUCAUGGGCAGCCAGGGAGCAGAGCCACACUUCAGCGAGAACAGCUGGUCCCUCUUCAAGCUGACCUGCAACAAGCCUUGCUGUGACUCCGGAGAUGCCGUCUACUACUGCGCCACCUGCUCCGAGGACCCCUCCCGGCCCUACGCUGUCAAGAUCUGCAAAAUGCCCGUGUCCAAGGGGGCUUCUUACUGUGAUCUGUCGGUGCCCGUUCACUUCAACGUGCAGCAGGACUGUGGGCACUUUGUCGCCUCAGUGCCCUCCAGCAUGCUGAUGUCCCCCGAAGAGCCCCAGGACCAGGACUGCGUGGUGGUGAUCACCCGCGAGGUGCCCCACCAGACAGCCGCAGACUUUGUGCGAGACUCGGCCUCUCGCCACUGGGCCGAGCCUGAAGCCUACGAGCGACGGGUCUGCCUGCUGCUGCUGCAGUUGUGCCAGGGCCUGGAGAGCCUCAAGGAGCAGGGCAUCACGCACCGGGCGCUGUGCCUGGAGAACCUGCUCCUGGUGCCCUGCCCGGGGGCCUCCCCCGGGGCCCAGCCGCUGCCCCGCCUCAUCAUCAGCAACUUCCUCCAGGCCAAGCAGCAGGCGCGGGGUGGCGGCACCGACGAGCAGCAGAGGAGAACCCAGGCGCGCCUGGCCCCCGAGAUCCUGGCCGCUGCCCAGUACAAGAAGUUCGACGAGUUCCAGACGGGCAUCCUCAUUUAUGAACUGCUGCACCAGCCCAACCCCUUCGAGGAGCGGGCCCAGCUGCAGCAGCAGGACUACCGGGCCGAGGACCUGCCCUCGGUGCCCGCCCUGUCCCUCUACUCGGCCGGCCUGCAGCGGCUGGCCCACCGGCUGCUGGAGGCCGACCCCAUCAAGCGGCUGCACAUCUCGGAGGCCAAGCGCGCCCUGCAAUGCUUGCUGUGGGGGCCACGGCACGAGCUGCUUCAAGGCACCCUGCAGAACUGGCUGCACAUGAAGCGCGCCCUGCUCAUGAUGAAGCUGGCUGAGAAGGCGCUGGAUGACCGGGCCACCGUGGAGCUGGAAGACUGGCUCUGCUGCCAGUACCUGGCCGCCUCGGAGCCCGGGGCCCUGCUGCAGACGCUGAGGCUGCUACAGCCCCUGUGACCCCUAGCACAUGGGCACAGGCACAGGCACAGACGUAGGGCCGGGAGGGCCUUCUCCCACCACACACACACACACACACACACACACACACACACAGUCAGGUGGGCCCCCAGAGUGUACAGAGUCAGGAGGUGGGGACACAGGAAAGAGAACCCACAGUCCAGUCAGAGGCUGUGUCCACUCUGGGGGCAGCAGAGGCCUCCUGCCACCUCACACCACCCUGAUGCAGCAAGGCAAGCCGGCAGCAUGUUUGUGACUGGCUGCACACUGUCCUUUUGUCCACUGUGGGUAGCACAGAGCUGGCCCCUCUCCCCCCAACUCUGCCAGCACUGGUCACCCCCAGAGCAGAAGGGACUCGACCCAGACCUAGCCCAACCCCUACUUGUGAUCGUUUGUUGGUUUGGUUUUUAACAG